AUGUAUGUAGUAGAAACAAAAACGACGAUAAAUUUAAUGAUGCCAAAACCGCGUGGCAGAAAGGGAGGAAGGAAGCCUUCACUUAGUCCUCCUAAGGAUAAAAGAACUGCCCAGCUAAGGGCUUCCCAAGUUGCAUUUCGAAAACGAAAAUUAGAAAGAUUAGCAGAAUUGGAGAGGAAAGAAUCCCAACUUACAAAAUUACAAUACGAGAAUCUCAUAUUGACGAAAGAGAAAGGAAUCCUCUUUCUCAUGCUGAAGAAUCUUUUGACCGGUCAAACCUUAGCUUCUAAUAAGAAAAACAUCUGCGAAGUGAGUUGUACAAAUCGUUCAUCCCCUGAUAUCAUUGUCGGUGAUAAUAUUCUAGUUCCUACAAUGCACUUUUCAUCUGAAACACAUAAAUGCUACGCGUUUUUUUCAGAGCUGCUUCCAGUUUGCGGUAGAAAGAAAUGCGUACUCCCGUCAUCUCUCGAUUGCAAUGCUCGACCCAUACGUCCUGGAGACUGUGCAAAUUUGUUCACUGAUCUAUUAGAAAAUUCUUUUGCGAAUAACCUCCUAAACGAGAAUCGCGGCUUUUUCGAUUUCAAUAUGGAAUACGAUGAACUCUUCUAUCCACCUAAUGAAACUCAACUCACGGAUACAACUGCUUCAGUUGGGGAAAUGCUUUCUUCACUUGAAACGGAAUUAGAGAGCAAGGUGAAUUACCGCGGAGUGGAUUUAGAUAAGUGCCACGCUACUGACAUGUUUGAAUCAGAUGUUCUCUUAAGGGCAAUUGAUAUUUGGCAUUUUAUGAGAACACAUUCAAAGGCUCACGCACUUGACUUUGAAAAGUUAGGGAAAAAACUCAAAAAGCAUGCUAUUUGCUCGGACUUUGAUAUUCUAAUUAGUCUCAAGCAAUUCAUUACGAUUUUUUCGUCGAACUUGUGA